AUGGCUAGUGGACCCUUGUCUGAGUUCCUGAAAGCGAAGAAAUCGGCAUAUAUCGGCGAUGUCAAGGCUGGCAAAGGGAAGGAUUGGACAGUGGUCAUGGGAAACGAGGCAGGGGAUCUCGACUCCAUCGCCAGUUCCAUCGCAUACUCCUGGUUUGCUUCCAAAGUGCAGAACGCGACGGCGGUCGCGUUGACGCAAACCCCGCGGUCCGACCUCCACCUCCGGGCAGAGAACCUGCACGCCCUCGAGCUCGCCCAUCUGGACCCAUCCGACAUCCUGUGUAUCGACGACGUACCAUGUGCUUCAUCGGAUCCGUGGCCAUCGUCCACAUUUGCACUAGUCGAUCACAACCGCCUGCAGUCGCGCUUCUCGCGCGACAACCCGGAUGCCCGCGUCGUCGCCGCCGUCGACCACCACCAAGACGAAGGCUUGUACCAAGACUCGGCCAGCCCACGCACCAUCGUGGUCCCCACGGGCAGCUGCGCGUCUCUUAUCGCCUUGCUGUUCGAAGAGCAUCCAGAACACAUGACACCAGACCUCGCGACCCUGCUGCUCUGCAGCAUCCUCAUCGACACGAGCGGUCUGAAACCCGGAGGCAAGGCCGAAGCAACGGACCGCCGAGCGGCCAACUUCCUCCUCCCCAUCCUCGCUGCGUCGCAAGGCCCGCUGUUCUCCUUCGCCGCAACAGACGUCAACGCGGACGCGCCACACGACACCCCCGGCCUCGCCGACCUGCACCACACGCUGCAAGAGAAGAAGGCGUCCGUCGCGCAUCUCACCACCUCCGACCUCCUCAAGCGCGACUACAAGGAGUACACCAUGACGCCCGCGACGGCCCCCACGACGGCCAUCUCCGUCGGCCUCUCCUCCGUCCCCGUCGGCUUCGAGGCGUGGCUCCCGAAGGACGCCGCGUUCUGGGCGGAGACGGAGGCGUUCAUGGCGGCGCGCGGGCUCGCCGUGCUCGGCAUCCUCACCUCCUUCCGCGACGCGGACCACCCGGGCAAGAGCGGGCGCGGGAAGCACCGCCGCGAGCAGAUGUACGUCGUGCGCGGGGACGAGGGGCUGGCGAAGCGGCUGUUCGACGUGCUCGGGGACGCGGAGGAGCUCAAGCUGAAGCGGCGGAAGUUCCCGGAGCUCGGGGUGCACAACGGGUUCGGGGAGGGGGUUGAGGUGCAUGUGUGGGAGCAGAAGAACGUGGACGCGACGAGGAAGGUGACCGCGCCGCUCGUCAAGGCGAUCAUUGAGGGGUCGUCGAAGGGGGCGAGCUUGUGA